AUGAGCUUACUUUUAGUGACUGUUGAUCAUGUGGAUGAAGCUCCAGAAAUUAUCGCGAUUGGGCUCGAAGAGUUGGUUGAUCUCAAUGCUUCCAAUCUUAUGAAAGCCAGCACAACAAAUCAACGAUUGUGGGCCGAAGGAAUUCGACGGGUACUACACGAGCACGGCUCAUAUACUCUUCUAGUCGUUGAACAACUGGUAAUCAAAAGCACUAGUGAUACACUACCAAAAGUUGGUGUUUGUCUAUUUGUUUUCGUGCGGCCUCAGCUCGUGCCCUUCGUCAAAGAUUUUGCAGUCUCCUCAGUUAAAACGGGUAUGGGUGGAGCUACAGGCAAUAAGGCUCGAAGCAUGAAAUUGACUUUUUUUAAACGGUUUGUUUUCCAGGGUUCGGUGGCUUUUCGCAUGGUUGUUCAUUCUACGAGUAUCUGUUUUGUAUGUUCACAUUUUGCUGCUGGUCAGAAUGAGGUGAGGGAUCGUAAUGAGGACUUUACAUCGGCUUUCCGUAGAAUAAAGUUCCCUCAUGGAAGAGAUAUCGAUUCACACGAUGUCGUAUUCUGGUUCGGAGAUUUUAACUACAGGAUAAACUUAAGCGGAGAUGAUGUGAAAAAAGCUGUUUAUUCCGGGGAUUUGGAGAGAUUGUGGGCGUUUGAUCAGUUGCUACAGCAGAAAUCGCAAGGCAUGGUGAGUCUCUACCAGUGUUUCUUGUUCGUUGGUCAAAUGACUUCAAAUUCUGUUGGUGUCUCUAAAAAAACUGAAAACUGGAUCAGCAUACUGUAG